GCGCGGGGCGGGCGCAGGGGCGGCGGCGGCGGCAGCCGGGGCGGUGGCGGGUGCCUGCAGCUGUCAGCGCCCGCUGCUCCGGACCGGGCUGUGCUCCCACCGCCGCGGCGGGACGGGACGCGCCUGUCAGCACCCCGGGGAGGCACUGAGGGCGCCGCGGGGCUGACCCGCUUCCUUCCUUCGCUCUCCUCGGUCCUCUUCCCCCUCCCGCCACCCCCCCCCAAAACCCUUUUCCUUCCUCCCUUCCGCCCGCCCAUCGCUGACAUCCUCCUCCGGUCGUCGUCGUCGUCGUCGUCCCCCCCCCUCUUCCCCCCCGCCGCUCGGGCUGCGCGGCCGCCGCCGCCUUUGCGAGCGCUGCGCACGUCGCCCGAGCCUGCAGCACCGAGCGAAUGUAUGAAAACAUGUCCACAAUGGUGUAUUUAAAGGAAGAGAAGUUGGAGAAGCUCACUCAAGAUGAAAUCAUUGCCAAAACUAAGCAAGUGAUCAAUGGACUAGAGGCACUGAAGAAUGAACACAAUUCAAUUUUACAGAGCUUACUUGAAACACUGAAAUGUUUGAAGAAAGAUGAUGAAACUAAUCUGGUUGAAGAAAAAUCAAACAUGAUUCGAAAGUCACUGGAAAUGCUGGAGCUUGGCCUUAGUGAAGCACAGGUAAUGAUGGCCUUGUCAAAUCACUUAAAUGCAGUGGAAUCGGAGAAGCAGAAAUUGCGUGCUCAGGUUCGCCGGCUAUGCCAGGAAAACCAGUGGCUACGGGAUGAACUAGCCAAUACACAGCAGAAGCUACAGAAAAGUGAGCAAUCUGUGGCUCAACUGGAGGAAGAAAAGAAACAUCUAGAGUUCAUGAAUCAAUUAAAAAAAUAUGACGAUGAUAUUUCACCAUCAGAGGAUAAGGAUACAGAUUCCACCAAAGAGCCUUUGGAUGACUUGUUUCCCAAUGAUGAGGAUGACCAAGGACAAGGAAUUCAACAGCAGCACAGCAGUGCAGCAGCUGCUGCCCAACAAGGUGGCUAUGAAAUUCCAGCAAGAUUAAGGACCCUUCAUAAUCUUGUUAUUCAGUACGCUUCCCAAGGUAGAUAUGAGGUUGCUGUACCUCUCUGUAAACAAGCUCUUGAAGAUCUGGAGAAGACUUCAGGUCAUGAUCAUCCUGAUGUUGCCACUAUGUUGAACAUACUUGCUUUGGUGUACAGAGACCAGAACAAAUACAAAGAUGCAGCAAAUCUCCUGAAUGAUGCCUUGGCUAUCCGUGAGAAGACUUUGGGCAAAGAUCAUCCAGCGGUGGCAGCAACUCUAAACAAUCUUGCAGUACUUUAUGGUAAACGGGGAAAGUACAAAGAAGCUGAACCGUUGUGUAAGCGAGCUCUGGAAAUCAGGGAAAAGGUCCUGGGGAAGGAUCACCCUGACGUUGCUAAACAAUUAAAUAACUUGGCUUUACUGUGCCAGAACCAGGGUAAAUACGAGGAGGUUGAAUACUACUAUCAGAGGGCACUGGAAAUUUACCAGACCAAGUUGGGACCAGAUGAUCCAAAUGUUGCAAAAACAAAGAAUAACCUGGCAUCCUGCUAUCUAAAACAGGGCAAAUUUAAGCAAGCGGAAACUUUAUACAAAGAGAUUCUUACUCGUGCUCACGAACGGGAAUUUGGCUCUGUAGAUGAUGAAAAUAAGCCUAUUUGGAUGCAUGCAGAAGAGAGGGAGGAAUGCAAAGGAAAGCAAAAAGAUGGCACAUCUUUUGGAGAAUAUGGUGGCUGGUACAAAGCUUGCAAAGUUGACAGUCCAACAGUAACAACUACCUUAAAGAAUCUUGGGGCGCUUUACAGACGACAGGGCAAGUUUGAAGCUGCUGAAACAUUAGAGGAGGCAGCAAUGAGAUCUCGUAAACAGGUCAUUAAAGGAGAACAGACAGGGUUAAUGCAUUUCCCCUUCUCAGCUAAAAGCAAAGAGGGUCUUGACAAUGUUCAUAAACAGAGAGUUGCUGAAGUGCUGAAUGACCCUGAGAGCAUAGAAAAAAGGCGAAGCCGAGAAAGCCUCAAUGUUGAUGUGGUAAAGUACGAGAGUGGUCCUGAUGGAGGCGAGGAAGUGAGUAUGAGCGUAGAAUGGAAUGGGGAUGGCACUGGAUCUUUAAAGCGCAGUGGUUCCUUUAGCAAACUUCGUGCUUCCAUUAGACGCAGCAGUGAGAAGCUGGUUAGAAAGCUGAAGGGAGGAAGUUCACGGGACAGUGAACCAAAGAAUCCAGGCAUGAAGCGUGCCAGUUCUCUGAAUGUUCUUAACAUGGGUGGCAAGGCUACUGAAGAUCAUUUUCAAGAACGAAAUAAUUGUCUGACAGACACGAGAGCUCUGAGUGUCAGUCAUACUGAUUUGGCGCAUUGAGAGUCUUGGACAGAAGCUAGCUAAUAUUCCUUUGUGAAUAAAGAAGCACUGAGACCUUCAAAGCUUUGGUUCCUCAUCAUUAUGUAUAGGAACACCUAGUUUGUAAUUUUGUUGGGUUUUCUUCCAAUGGACUGCUGGUUUUACUUUUCUAAAUAGGGAUGGUUUUAAACACAGCAUUAGUGGGUGUUUUCUUCUAAAGAAAAACUAUGUAGAUAUAUAUUGCUCAUUGCACUGCUCCCAUUCAUGCUCCUUAUGUUGAUUUCUUUAAUAGAUUGGAAUAUUACAGCAGCCAAAAAAGUGUAAAAAUACAAACAUAUUUAAAGCAUACCAAAAUGCAUUUGAAAGCGCCGGCAAAAUUAAAUGUGUAGCAGUAAAUAUAUACAGUUCUGGAAUGAGAAAAGGAUACAUUGAUGUGCAUUACUGUAUAAAUUCAAAUUAAGCGUACUGUAUUGGUGGGGCUUUCUUUUGCUCCACUGAUUAUUGCAAUGUUAGAAACCUUAGCUGGCAAAACAGCACUUAGGCACGGCUUACUUAACCACUAUAUUGAGCUAUUAAAUUUAUCAGAAGAGAUGGCUGGGGUUGCAUCAUAUAGAGAUAGCAUGAAUAGCAAUACCUGUGACCAUGACUUUGAUCCUUGCUGAUGUCUUAGGGCACAAUUAUCAAUGGAGAGAGGAUGGUUAAUGUUGAUCAGGAGAAAUGGAAAAUGUUUUGACCUUUACUGUGUACGGUUGAAGAAUACAGAAGUUUUAGACUUCAGCUGUCCCAGAGCAGCUCCUGGUGCUCUUGGGGAAACAUAAAGCCUCAGGUUGACUUUCUUGCUUGUCCACUGGAAUUCAAAGUCCAACCCCAUUUGCCAGAAGGGCCCCAACAUUUCCUUAUGCUGAUCCCAAAUCCUGCCUUUCUCCAUGAUAGCUGACAACAGCAGCAGGAGGCAGCUACACACUAGGCUGUUACACAGUGGAGUAGCUGCUGUGCAAAGGACCACUCAAAUCCUAGGGGCCCCAGGGGAAGCAUCAGAUGGCUGUAACUGGCAAGCAACUGGUUAGACCAUGCAUCCAUGUUAAACCUACUUACAGUUAAUACAUAUGCUGUCUGUAUACAGGACUGCUGCUGGAACUAAGUAUGUAUGUUUUAAGUAUUUUAUAGACACUAGUCUUUCCUUUUGCUUUUCUGUAAAGCUUGUAAUUUUGUUCAUCUUUUGUAAAAGUUCUUAUUCAUGUGAAGUUGGAUGAGAAAGUAAAACGAGUGUGUGUACAAAUGUAUUUGUGGUCAUAGAUGUGAGUUGGAAAAUGCCGAAGGAAGGUAACUUUGGGAAAAGCUGGAAUAUUCAUUCAAGGUUAGUGACAGCCGAAGGAGGCAAAACAAAGGAACGUAAGCAAGUUUUAGUAUUUUAAUAGACUGUGAGGAGUCAUUAGAAUUAGUACUUUGUAGAAGCAUUUGACUGAUUUUGCAUCUGGUUUCAAGUUGGUUACAAUAACUGAUGCAAAAGGCUGUGUAUGUUAUGCACUUAACUAUGUUUACCAGGAGGUACCUUAUGAGUAUGGUGUACCUGCUAGAAAGACAGUUUAGAAACGGUGAGAUAUGAUGCUGCUAAUGUGUAGGAGUUUUAGCACAGAGUAAUGCAAUUCAUUAAUGAACUCGAGCAAGAACAGAUUGUUGCUCAGUUACCUUAACAAUAUGUACUUAUGUAGACUCUUGAGUUUUAAUCUUUUUAUUAAGAGCUUUUUAUAUAAAAGAAAAACCAUAAUAUAUAUACUUUUAUUCCCCCUAAAGCAAGACAUGUUGUGUGCACUCGUUGAUGAAUCGGUUCUCUACCCAAAAGCAGACUGAGCUGGCUCUGCAAGAGGAGCUGGACAUGGGCCGCAGCUCACUGAGCGGGGCCAGCCGGGAAGUGACAGAGCUGUCUGUCCCUCUGGCUGCAAACACCCCUCGCAGUCGGCCCGUUCCACACCAGCAGGACGCUACCGCUGUAGGAGUGGCUCAGCGUGCCUGGUCUGUGAGCUCAGUACUUCACUGGGAGGCCGCUACAAGAGUCCAGCUCCCAAAAAAGCCCACAAAACUAUUUAGAGACAGAGCUGGUUUUGGUAAUAAGGAAGUACUUAAAUGGAAGAAUUUUUCUACAUUGAUCUUUCAACUUUGAAGGAAAAUUAUUUUUGCAGCCUCUCAAAAAACCCCCAACAAACCAACUCAUGUAAAUAGCAAUAAAAUAUUUAACCAUGCCAAACUACAAUGUGCAGGAAGUUUUAAAAGGCAAGACCAUAGUGGGGUGAUGGUGGUAGUGAGGGAGCUUUCUCGUUCAGGAUCUUAGUGUUGGUGGCAUUACUAGUACUGUGCUUUUAAAUGUUUUAAACCUUUAUAUAGUAUUGUAAAGUGUGUUGGAAGAUUAAGUUGUUGAGCUACUGCUUAUUAAACGAUUCUUACAUUUAAAAGGUUAUUUUUACUUUUUUUUUUUUCCAGAGAAGAAACAAAUUUCAAGACUUAAUAAAUCACCCAGAAUUAUAGCCAGCUCCUGAUAGUUACGAGCCAGGGAGCUGUUUGAGAAGAUCUUGUAAAGUACAAAAGCAAACUUCGUGUGUUUGAAUGGUGAAUGAGUUACUGUCAGGACAAUGUUUGUAUACAUUUAAAUUUCAGGUGGGCCUCUUAGUGUGCUUUUAUGGAAGAUUUUCUUUCUGAAUUUCCCUGUACCAGUUGUAGCUAACAGUGCACAAAGUGUAAACCCAGAAUACCCAGUUGUGUAAAAGUCCUGCAUGGCUUCAGUACUGAACCAAAUCAACAGCUCUUAUGAAACAGAAAUGUAAAAAAGACCUUCAGAAUUGACAGGGUUGGGCUGUUUGUUAGGGUUGGGCUGCUGGGGUUUGAAUCUCAGUUUUGUAAGUGUGAACUUCACUCAAACCAUGAUGAGGACUCCAAUUAUGCCACUUUCUCCAGGUUCUCCUACAAGUGGAGGCUGGUGGUUCUAGGGUAUUGCAGUGGGGUGCUGCAGGAAUAGUAUGUGGAAUUGUUACUGACGGAAAGAUGCCCACGGCCCUUGUGUCUGUGUGGUGGUGUGCAGGUCUUUAGGAAUUCCGGCAGUAUUUGGUCUUGAGUUUAGAUCUUACUAAAUACUAUUGUAAAAUGUAACUGUUUCAUGAUUUGCUCCUCUUUAGAAGGAAUAACUGGACUAUUGCUGUGAUGUUUGUGCUUGCAGUACUGUGGUGACAGAACAUAGCACUGAAGCAACAGAAAAACUAUUGAACGCAUUCUCUAGAGUUUGAGCCUUUUCUUAAAACGAACGGCACCUCCUUUCCCUGAAGCCUUCCUGAAUGGUAGUAAAACAAAAUGGGUUUAAGCCUGAGGAGUAUUUGUGCUUAAAUUGUACCACUGAGUCUAGUAAUUUUGAAAAUGGUGUGAUUCUGUUGUAAAUAAAUAGUAAAAGGGGCAUGCAGUGCUGCAGUGGAAGUGUGUUUACAAAACCUGAUGAGUUCAAGUUACUUCAGUUUUUGUUAUGUAGGUCAUGUAUUUUGUCUGAAAGCUGCUAAGAGAAUUGCAUUGUUGGUCAUGUUGGCCUGUACUGAGAGAAUAAAUGUUAAGAGAUGUGA